AUGCUGCGAGUUUCGGAUGUCGCUGACGCUUGGAUCGGCCGCGCACUCACCACUUCGUGCAGCCACACGGAACGCAACAUUAAAGGCAGAGACUUCCUGGUGUUUCCGAACGGCACGUACAUGAUAAACAACAUGAGCAGAGCCGUCUCCAGACAGUCGGUGCUGCGGAACACGAGCGCAAAGUUCUACGACACGCUGCCUUUGCUCAGCAGCCGCGCACGUGAGAGACCCGUUGUUGUGAUGGACGGCGACCGCUGCACUCCCUCUCCCCAAAUUGCGAUCAUGAGCUGCCGCGACGCUUCGAGCCCUAACGUGGUGGUCUGGCCGAUGUAUCGGAUGCUCGAACAGGAUGUGGCGAGGCUCUGGCCCGAGCUGCUCAGCGUCGCCGUGCCGUGGUCGCAGCGACGGCCCGUGGUGGUGUGGCGCGGCAGCCUGUCCACAGGCCUUGGUCGCACUGACGGCACCUCGCGCCUUGAUGUGGUGAGUGCGCUGCGUGCACACGGUGGCUCCCUCUUCGACACUGGCCUGCACGAUCUUGCGCCACACAACAAAACCGGGGAUGGCCUGCGUAGCGUCAAGUUCGACCAGUAUCUCACGGCCGUACAGCAGGCGCAGCGCUAUCAGAUGCUGCUGAUCCUGCCCGGCAAUGGCGCCGCUUCUGCGUCCGUCUGGGCGAUGGCAAGCGGCUGCACGCUGCUGAUGGAGGCCACGCAGACGGCGGUCACGUGGACGACCAGCCUCGCCCGCCCGUGGGAGCACUUCAUUCCGGUCGAUCUCGCGAACGUAUCAGACAUCAUCCGGGGGGCGCGCUUCUGCGUCGACCACAGCGAGGAGUGCGAGCACAUCGCCACGAGCGCGCGCCGCCUCCUCGUCGCCGCCUACUGGCCCGCCGGCACUGCGGAGUACGCGGCAGAGCUCGCGGCCCUGCCUGCGGCUAGCCGCACGCGGAAGGCGGUGAGCCUCUUCAAGCAACGCAUCAGCCGCAUCAAGGCGACGGUGCUCGAGAAGCUCGCGACCCACGCGGAGGCGAACCCGCAGUGCGCGCCGCGACCCGAGCUGUACGUGCCGACCAUCGGGGGAGUGGCGAACGAAGUCAAAGGUGCGACUGAGCUGGAUUUGUUGGGCGCAGGGCAGGUCCAGCAUCGCGCUGCUACGUCAGAUGAUCCUGGCACUGAGGCGCAGCAGGUCGAGCCGCUUGUGAUCGGUGCUGGCUGGGGCUCGACCGCGACGAGAGCGCUCGCGACGGCCAUGAAACAAUUUGGGCUCACAACCGGCCACUGCUCUCAUUACUACAAUGCAUCGGCCGGCGUGAACUGCCCCCUUUCCUUCUGCUCCGAGAUGCACAAUCUGCUGCAGGGCCGGCUAUGCAAAUACCUCGCACAGGAGACAAAGGACCCGGCGCUCUUCCGGGUCUUCGACGGGCUGGAUGCCGUCUUCGACACGCCCGUGCCCAACUUUUUCCCGUACCUUUGGCGAGCGUAUGGACCAACUGCGCGCGUCGUCCUCACUGUUCGUCCAGCCGCCGCCUGGUUCGCCUCUCGCUCACGCCACCACAGGGGGUCGUAUGAGCAAUCGGUGGCCGUGAACGAUACGAGUUUGCGGGCAGCGGAUCCGCCCGACGUUUGGCAAGGGGGGGUGGACAGGGACGUACCGCUCUGGGAGCUUCUGAACCCCGCGUGUGAUGCUUCCGCCAAGGCUCGGCAGAAGGAGCUCAACUUGCUCAGGAGCGGCGGCGGCGCCGACUCCGAUACGGUCCGGCUUGCAUUUGAGGCGCACAAUGCGCUCGUGCGCUCCCUCGUGCCCGCCUCGCGCCUGCUCGAGAUCGACAUCACCGCGCUCUCCGCCAACGAGUCCUGGUCGCGCCUCUCCAGGUUUCUGCGUCGCCCGGUCCCUCGCGACGCAUGCCUCGCCGCGGGCUGCCGGUUCCCCGCGCUCAUCAAGGGUGCCGGGACGCCACUACGGAUAGCAGGCAAUUCGCUCGUCACUACUGGUACUGCGGCGGACGACGAGCGGUGUCGAUUAUCACGCCAGGCAGGGACGUUAGGAGCCUCCCUCCAAGAGCCGAUGUGA